UAGUUGUUUUUAAGAGCUGUUUGAUUUUCUGGGUUUCUGUCAUUUUAACCUUUUAAAUUAACCCUAUUUCUUAUUACUAUAUAAACCCAAAAUAUCAACAAAAACCCAACAACCCAAACACACCCUUUCCUUUUUUCUUGGAUUCUCUCCCAACUUUUAUUUUUCUUCAAAAUUCAGAACCUCUGGAAUUUUUUAAAUAUUUUUUCCCUGAGUUUCAGAUUUGUUUAUUUUGUAAGAAUUCAAGAAAUUAAAAAAAUAAAACCAACCCAAAAUCUUUUUAUAAUUUUUUCCCUUUAAUUUAUGUUUGUCAGCAUUUUAUUGCAUAAGUUUCCUUUGUUUUCUUCUUACCUUUGCUGCUGCUGCUGAUACAAACCAAAAACAUCAGUACUACUACCAGUACUACUAUUAAAAGGGAAUGAAGGAGUUUCAUAACUGUAUUUUUCUCUCAAGAACUUGAUGAUUAAAGUUGAUAAUCAAUCUCCUUUUUUCAUAUAACUAUCAAGAAUUUUCGAAGCAAUGAAGUUCAUGAAACUUGGAUCUAAACCUGACACUUUCUACACAGCUGAAGCCGUUAGGUCUGUUUCCUCUGAAGUCUCUAGUGACCUCAUAAUUCAAGUUGAAGGCCAUCGAUAUCUCCUUCAUAAGUUUCCAUUGCUGUCAAAAUGCCUACGAUUACAGAAAGUAUGUGCAGAAUCACCAGAUUCUUCACCACGCCAAAUAAUCCAACUACCAGAGUUUCCAGGUGGGAUAGAAUCAUUUGAGCUCUGUGCAAAGUUCUGUUAUGGAAUCACCAUCACUUUAAGUGCACACAACAUCAUAGCAACUCGCUGCGCAGCUGAGUACCUUCAAAUGACAGAGGAAGCAGAAAAGGGAAACUUAAUCUACAAACUCGAGAUUUUCUUAAAUUCUUGUAUUCUUCAUGGAUGGAAAGAUGCAAUUUUAACUUUACAAUCCACAAAAGCCUUCCCUAGUUGGUCAGAGGAGCUUGGGAUAACUAGCAGGAGUAUAGAAGCCAUUGCUUUAAGAGUUCUAACACACCCAUCUAAGAUUAACCUCUCCCGGAGUUACUCCCGCCGCGGCGGAGGCAACGGCGGUGACGGCGGCGGCGGUGGCGGGGAACAUAAGAAUGUGAGUAGCAAAGGGUGGUGGGCAGAGGAUGUUGCAGAUUUAGGUAUUGACCUAUAUUGGAGGACAAUGAUAGCAGUUAAAUCAGGUGGAAGAGUACCGUCCAAUUUAAUUGGAGAAGCAUUACAAAUUUACGCUUCAAAAUGGCUUCCAACAAAGACAGUAAUCCCUGACAUUGAUUCAGACAAAACAGGGGAGAAAACAUCAAAAUACAGACUAUUACUGGAAUCAAUAGUAAGCCUUCUACCUUCCGAAAAAGGCUCUGUUUCCUGCAGUUUCUUACUGAAAUUACUAAGAGCAGCAAACUUGCUUAAAGCUUCUCCAUCAUCAAAAAUGGAGUUAGCAAGAAGGGUAGGUCUCCAAUUAGAUGAAGCUAAUGUAAAGGACUUGUUAAUACCGAGUUCACUCAGUGAAACUCGGUAUGAUGUUGAUAUUUUCAUGUCGAUUUUAGAACAGUUUGUUUCACAAGGACAGUUGAGUCCCCCUACUAGCCCUCCUAGGAGGACUAAAGGGAGAUUUGAGAGAAGAAGGAGAUCUCGAUCAGCUGAGAAUAUUGAUAUUGAUUUUCAAGAAAGUAGAAGAUCUUCUUCAGCUUCACAUAGUUCUAAAUUGAAGGUUGCUAAACUUGUUGAUAGAUAUCUUCAAGAAAUUGCUUAUGAUCCGAAAUUGCCUAUUUCGAAGAUGAUUGCUAUUGCGGAAGCUAUACCUGGUUUUGCUAGGAUUGAUCAUGAUGAUCUUUACAAAGCCAUUGAUACUUACCUCAAGACACAUCUAGAGCUCACAAAAAGCGAAAGAAAGCGUCUAUGUCGAGUCCUAGACUGUAAAAAACUAUCCAUGGAAGCCUGCAUGCAUGCUGCACAAAACGAGUUACUCCCACUCAGAGUAGUAGUACAAGUCCUCUUCUUUGAGCAAGCUAGAUCAGCAAUGGCGGGUGGUAAAGUAACUGAUUUACCAGCAGAUAUUAAAGCAUUGUUAGCUGCACAAGACGAUGAUUCAUCUAGACCAAACGCAGCAUUAAGCACCACAACAACAAUCCCAGGAACAGAUGAUCAAUGGAGUGUUUCAGGGAUUAAGUCACCAAAAUCGAAGCUAUCAACACUAAAGAUGAAGUUAGCUGAGGAUGAUUUGGAUGAGAAUUGUAUUGCGAAAGGGUUAAAGUUUAAGAAUCUGUGUUCGAUUCCUACAAGACCUAAACGGAUGUUCAGUAAGUUGUUGUCUAUUAACAACAGAAGUGUGACAGAAAAGAACUAAGGAAGAACAACAGCAACACAAAAAGUUCCUUUUUUUACUUGACAAGAUUAAAUAUUUUAGGCAAAGAAAUUAAAUGUGAAUUGAUGAAUGUAGCCUAUUUUCAAUAUGGUUGGAGGAAAUGUUUUUAAGGCUUUAGGAGGGGAAAAUCUCUUAAGGGAUACCCUUGAUUUGAGGCCACAAAAUUAGGAUUUGGGUAGUUGUAAAUGUGUAAUCAUAUAUUGGGACCAUUAAGGUGGUUGUGUUUAUUUUUCCUUAUUAUAUUUAUCAAAAUUAUGUCCCUAUCAUUUAUUAAUUUA